GUUGCAACAUGGCAUUGAAAACAGUCUUAAUUUUGCUGUUCUGUUGCAUUGAGUUGUUUAUGGUGCAACCUUUUAAGGAUGGUAGUUUCAUGACUGAGUCUUUUGAUUAUACUUUCCAAAAUAAUGAAGACUUUAGAGAAGGCCAUGUGUUUGUGCAGUCUGCAGACCCCGAUCAGGAGGCUUGGCUCAGACAUCCCCAGAAGUAUUCUGUCCUUUGUGGUAAAGAUGCUGUCAAAGUAAUUUUGCCUUCGGGUCCUCUUUCUGAGGUGAAGGUUUGGGGGUCAUCCAUUGUGGACCCGGUUCUAGAGGCAACAGAAGAAUGUGGCUACUCUCUGACAAAGGAACAGGGGAACAAUGUUAUUCAUGUCGGAUUCUCUGGCUGUCAUGUCACUGUUGAGGAUGGCAGAUAUACUCUGUGGCUGCUGUACCGUAGUAACAUGGGACCUGCUGAAGUUGUCACCAUGUCCUGCCAUGCCAACUCUGACAUGGCAUUGCAAAAACUCCGGCUCCCUCGUUCAGAUGGCCAAGAUGACUGUCCCCCAGCUCCAAUGCCACCUGUAACACCAUAUCGAAAGCUGCCUCAGAGCUACACACAAGGAGGCUGUGACAUUCCUACUAGCCAAAGAUUGCACUGUGGGCCUUCUGGAACUAAGGCUUCUGAGUGCAUGGCCAAAGGAUGCUGUGUGAAUGUGACUGAUUCCUCCUGUUACUACCCAAUGGAUAGAUGUACAGCUGAUGGGCAGUUUGUGUUUACUAUUUACUCUAAUGUCACAACUAUCCCUGUGAGCCCUAAAAGCUUGUAUGUAGCAUCCAAGAACCCCUGUAAACCUGUCCAUGCUACUGAUGAAUUUGCCACCUUCAAGUUCUCAGUGACUGACUGUGGGACAAAGACAUAUAGUAUUGGCGAUACCACCAUUUACAUGGCUGAAGUGCGGCCAGCCAUCAGGGCACUUAACGUGAAGUAUGGCGUCAUCACCAGGGAUCACCCUGUGAGGUUGAUGGUUGAGUGUAGGUACUCAAAGAAGAGCCCAACAAUGAGGGCAAGUACUGGCUACAUGGUGAUGAACCCAACUGUGCCAGCCUCUGUGAGGUCUGGUGGACUACAUGGUGUUCAGCUCAGGAUUGCAGAUGAUGAGACCUUCUCUUCUUUCUCUCCAAGUGGUCAUCUGCCAUUGAAGGUUCUCCUGGGUAGACCACUGUACCUGGAGGUGCGAUUAAAUUCUCCCAAACCUGAGGCCACAUUGCUCGUAAAUUACUGUGUGGCCUACACGCGCUCUGCAACGAAUGCCUUGGUUCUGCUCUAUGAAGGGUGUCCCAACCCUGAUCUUUCCUCUGUACAGUCUUCAUUGCUCCAUGUGCUGGACCUGCCACAGACUCCUUACCAGCGUCGCUUUGUGGUGACUGCCUUCCAGUUCAUGAACGUCGCCACCCAAAAAUACAUCAACGAGGAGAUUUACUUUAUGUGCUCCACCGAAGUGUGUAUGCCUUCUGAGACUCCAUGUCGUAAGACAUGCUUUGAUGGGAAGAUGCUAGACUGAAAGCCUGGGCUGCAUGACUGCAUUCUGCUUCUGACUUUGAACCUGCCACUCAUUGCUAAUUCUGUGGUGAGUGUGUUGCAUAUGAACCCUAACACACUGCACUUUCUUCCUUCUUUCUAGCCAUAACCGCUUCUUUCCAGUCAAAGGUGGACACAGCUUUCAUUAUUCUCAAAAUUAAAGCUUCAUCUUUUUAAA